CAGCAACAAAAGAAAUUGACACCGUACACUGAACAUACUGACAACUUGUUACACCAUGGACGCAACCAAAGGGCUAUGCCUAGGCUACGACGGGAUCCAUCCCUUUGCCAAGGUCGAUGUUACUGACCGAGCCUCCAUCCAAGAACUUCUCCGCACGCUCCUUGACCCACUUGAGCCAUUCUUCUCCCCCAAGAAAGCACGAGUUAAAUGCCCUGGUGCUACAGCAGUGCGGUUUGACCAAGCUGCAUCCGAAGUUGAGGGAAUCUGCCGGCCGCUCUGGGGGCUCUCUGCUCUGCUUGCUGGCGGUGGUGAAUAUCAUGGCAAAGAAUGGUGGAUCCAAGGCAUCAAGUCGGGCACAGAUCCCGAGAGCCCUGAGUAUUGGGGCUAUCCUCAGGACAAUGACCAGAGAAUGGUCGAGAUGUGUCCAUUGGGUUUCGCCUUUGCUGUUGUGCCAGAUAUUUGGAGCAACUUCUCUGAAAAGGAGAGAGAAAAUGUCGAGACCUGGCUUGGAAACUCGAUUAAUGAGAAGAACAUGCCAAAUACAAAUUGGCUCUGGUUCCGCGUGUUUGCGAACCUGGGAUUGAAGAAGAAUGGUGGUAAAUUCUCGCAAGAAAGGCUUGAUAGCGACAUCAAACACCUGGAUACAUUCUACCGUGGAGAUGGCUGGUCCAACGAUGGACCAGAAGGCAUUCAUCAAAUGGACUACUACUCAUCCAGCUUCGCCAUACACUUCCUACAGCUCCUUUAUGCCAAGUUGGCAGGAGAAGAGGAUCCGGAGCGCGCAGGAGAAUUCAAGAAACGAGCUCAAAUUGUCGCUCUGGAUCUCGCACACUAUUUUGAUGACGAGGGAAGGGCUAUUCCAUUUGGACGCAGUGUGGGCUACCGCUUUGCCAUGGUCUCUUUCUGGGGAGCACUGGCUUAUGCGGGAGUUGAACUGCCUGAGCCCCUGACCUGGGGGAUGGUCAAGGGCAUCGUGCUUCGCAACUUACGCUGGUGGCAGACCCAAAAUGAGAUGUGGACUUCCAGUGGAACUCUGUCGAUUGGGUACUCGUACCCAAAUAUGUAUAUGGCAGAGAACUACAACAGCCCAGGGAGCCCGUACUGGGCAUGCUUGGCAUUCAUUUGUCUAGCAGUGCCAGAAGAUCAUCCCUUCUGGACAUCCAAGGAAGAACUUGCAAGCAGUGUCAUCCCAAGGGUCAAAUCACUCAAGCACCCCGGGCACAUAAUGAGUUAUCUCGGAGGACAUUCAAUGCUUCUGUCUUCGGGACAGGCGUGCAGCUACCCAAUGAAGGGAACCCACGCAAAGUACGGAGGAUUCGCGUAUAGCAGCGCAUACGGGUACUCGGUGCCCCCCGGGCUGUUCUCUCUCGAACAAUACGCCCUAGCGUCCCAGCUUGGGUUUUCGGAUGAUGGAGGGGAGUAUUGGAAGACGAGGAGACUUUCGGAGUACUCUGGACUCGAGUAUCGUGACGGCAAGCCUGUUCUCGUCUCCGUUUGGAAGCCAUUCCCGGACGUCAAGGUCAGAACCAUCCUCAUCCCGCCGGAAGAGGAGACACCCAACUGGCACCUCCGCGUUCAUAGAAUUGAGAGCGGUCGGGAAGUCAUGACCGCUGAUGGAUCCUUCGCCAUCAAAAACGUGGACUCAACUACUGGGCGAUACCUGGGCCUGUACAACGAAGAGACCCACGAGGGAACGUCUCCCAAGAUCAUUGGCAACUAUGAUGUCAAGUCCCCCGCAGGUUGGGCAGCUGGAACGACUGGGGCCUUUGCAGUAUCCGAGGGCGCAGUGGGCAUCAAGGCGCUGGAAAAGAUGGAAGGACGCGAGGCUAUGCUGGUGAAUGCGGACCCGAACUCGAAUCUCAUCGAGAGUCGAAGCACAAUCCCGACGCUUCAACAUACCAUUGGCGCAGGCCAGUCGGUCUGGUAUGUUUCUGCCAUCUAUGCUAAGCCUUCUGCGCCCGGCGUCGUCAAGGCUAGCUAUCUGGAGGGUUGGGGAAGGCCUCCUGUUUUGCCAAACUGGCUGGAAACAGAGAUGGAUGUCGCGUCGGGUCAGUGAGCUCCGACGGCGACUUCGGGAGCCCAAUAAUGGCUUUGUACACUUCACAGAAUAGGUGGAGAGAAUAGGCGGGCUUAUGGAGACUCCUGUUCCUCCAUCAAUAGUAUCGUUUUCC